GCUUUCGCAUUUUGGUAUGAGCCUCUUUCAUUAUGCUCACGUUGUACUUCGUUCUCUCGCCUUGUGGAUUGGCAACAUAACCCAGUCUUAUUUUUCUGAGAUUGACUGGGAUAGGUCUAUUGUCUCCUGAGGUUAGGGUUGUCUUGCUAGAAGUAUUAAAUUGAAGCGUAUUUUUGAAUACCUCCUUUUUUGCCCAGUAGAACUAUGUUGAUUUUAAAAAAAGAUUCUGUUCCUGGUCAUCCAUACUUUGCCAAAAUUGAUAAGUUCAUCGCAGAUCACUAUGAAGAAGGGAAAAAUUACAGGGAGUAUUUAAAGUUCUCUUGUAAAGAAAAGGUAGCGGCUAAUUGUUCCAUCUGUAAUGAAUGGACAGGUUCAUGUUAAGCAAGUUGUCACGUCCAAACCCUGUUCCCAAUCAUUCAUGUCUGCCAGAUUACCACUAUCAACCAUAUAGUAGUACCAGCAUUAAUGAGGGAGUGCCAGACGACUGGUAGCCCAGAGUGCUGUUGAAAAAAUAAUAUGAAAAUGGCGAAGUAUCUUUGUCCAACCCAAAAAGCAUUCCGCAUUUGCAGAUAAGUAUAUUGUUCAGUCCAGCCUUGUAGCAAAUUACCUGCGACAUCUACAGGUGCUGGACUUCAGGAAACAUAAAAGAGCAGAUGAGAGGGUAAAGAAAGCCAAGGAGGCCAACGAUAAGUCGUACGAAGAAUAUAACUGGGAUGAGCUAUGCGAACAGGAAUGCAAGCUGAAGGAACUGCGUGUUCUAGAGCUUAAUAAGUAUUUAAAACACCAUCGUUUAACGGAGCACAUAAAGAGCAGAAAAUCUGACAAGGUGAAGGUCAUCGUUAAUCAUCACCGCACUAAUGGAAAGCUAUGCAACGGAAGAAUACCAGACGAGUGACUGUGAUGAUGUUGAUGAUGAUGUUGCUGAUAAUGACGAUAAUGAUGUUGAUAAAGAUGUUGAUGAAGAAGAAAACACUAAUGACAAUGUUGAUUCUGAUACUAUGCACGAAGAUGUUGUGCUUUCUGACUUUGGACAUGAUGAGGUUGAAGAUUUGGUGCGGCCAACAAUUACAAGAUCGGGAAGAAGUAUUACAAGAAGCCUGAGAUAG